CUCAAAGCUUUAAUGUUCAGCUCUCAAUUUAAAGGGGAAGGCCCAACCCAAAGCCCCUCCUGGUUUCAGCCAGAGAUGGGUGGAUAAUCCAUAAUCCGUUGUAGGUCAUGGCCGGAGAUAUCUCAAGGCAAGCCCAGGGGCAGUUCUGCUUCUGUGUUUUGUGCAGCUAAGGUGGGUAACUCCACCUAGAUCUGUGGUAAGCAAGGUCUCUCAGGCCUGCUCAAGGCUUGGGGAAGGGCACAGAGGCCAGCCUGGUCUACAGAGUGAGUUCCAGGACAGCCAGGGCUACACAGAGAAACCCUGUCUCAAAAAACAAACAAAAAAGAAAGAAAAUAAUCACAACUAUUAUUCAUCUUUGUGGUAUUGAGGAUGGAAUCCAAGACUUCAUUCAUGCUAAGCACAUGCUCUACUACCAAGCACCCCAUUUUAUUUAGGUACACACAAGCUUAAUGUUGAGUUGAUUCUUAUGAAAGAAGUAGGGGUUGGCUCAGCAGAUUGUUGCCUAGCCCAAAGACCUGAAUUCAAUUCUUACGACCCACAAUGGUAGAAAUGUAGUAGGCUACUGAGCUAUGGUUACAUCUCAUCAGAAUAUUCCUAAGUGCUAAAUUAUCUUGGGUAAAACUGGUCUCUGGACCAGCCCCAAAUUCCUGUAUAAUGGGGCUGUGAGCUAAAGGUUAACUGCCUGAACAUCAAACUGUUAUCUCUCCACCUCUGAAAGCAAUAUUUGCUUUCUGUGUAUGUCACAAUUACAUUUCUUGCCCUUAAAAAAAAAAAAAUCAAACCAACUGGAGUUCCACAAUACUUUCCAAUAAUCUGCUUGGAGCAGUCCUGCUCGAGGUUAAUAAAGACUCCAACUUAUUCAGGGCUUUUGGAAGCUGUUCUCUUCAGAUACCAAAGAAAAGACAGAAGGACCCUUGCAAGUUGUCUUCUGAUCUCCACACCUAAACUGUAGAACACACCCACACAUAUAAAGGUAAUAAAAAGAUUAAAACACAAAGUAACAUUUGAAAGAGUACUCAAUUAUACUGGUAAUAGGGAAGUUUAAAGCAGUAAGACCCCAUUUUGCUUCCAUCAGAUUCAGAAACUGUCAAACAUUAUAAAAGGUGGUUCUAAAAAGCAGUGAGGAAAGUCACUCAUGGGAAUCACAGGGGCAACAUUUUUGAGAGGACAAUUACCAGAACCUAACAAAAUGUUAACAUGGCCAAGGCUUUUGAGCCAGCUUCCUCAUCUAGAAAUCUGUUCUACAGAAAAUCCUUAGCGUAUGCUCAAAGAUGUUUACUGAAGCUUUGUGGUUUUGGAUUCGUAGAAAAAUGUGCAGCUUUCUAAAGAGAUGUCAUUCAGCAGCAAAAAGGUUAAGGGGUCACUGUGCAACCAGAAAUAAACCUCCAGGUGUGUGUGCGUGUGUGCUCACGAGCACCCUGGGUUCAGUUGUCAGCUCUUUUUAAAAAAGGCCAAACAAGAGGUGGUAGAAACAGAGUGCUGCUGGUGCCGUAGGCCCACUUUGGUCAUAUCGAGUUAAUGUAAAAAAGACGAAUAUGAUAGAUUGGAGGCUAUAGUUUUUACUCCAUAUAUUCUGGUAGGUUUUUAAUUUUUGUUUAUGUAUUAACAGUUUUGAGUAUCAAAUCAAAACAAAGCCUUGGGUAGACUUGGCAAGCAUUCUUCAUCCAGACUAUACCUCCAAACCCUCCAUUGUUAUUAUUUAUCAAGUGUUUUGAGACAGAGCCUCACUUUGUAGCUGGCCUUGAAGUCACAAGACUUUCUACUCUUUCAACCUGAAUGAUGGGCUUUAGGUUAAGAGCCAACACACCCGAAUUUAAUGUUAUUUUAAACGACAGCAAAAUGUAGUUGCAUAGUUUUAAUUAAGAAAAAGAAAAAUAGUUUGAAAAAACACAACGAACUGUUAACUCCUUUGUUGAAUAUAGUUCCUAGGAGGGGAAAGCCACACAGCCACUCACCCCAACCCUGAGUUAAAAAUUCUACAAGGCAGAUUCUACUGUGAUAGUAGAGACCUGGAAUGCUACAGGCCUGGAGCUAAAUUAUCUUAGGCUAUCCUUAGUCUCCUUAAUAGCCAUUCAUUGCCCACUUCUAUGUAUAGCUUAGCAUCUAUCCUUGUGACUGUCCUUCCGGAAUGUACAAACAGAACACUAAUUCCCACCUAUCCCACAGACUAAGAAUGUCACCAAAUGAAAUCUAAGGCUAAUAGCCAGAGACAUUCCAUAAGCUGAAGUAUGUUGUCUCUUUUGUUACCAUAUAAAGUUCAUAAAACUGUAACAGUUUUAUGUUGAAGAUGGUUUGGGGGCAGGCUCAAUUCUGUUCUUGGGUCUGUAGAGUGAAAAAUUAUAAAGGCCAUUUUAUGAAAUAUGUGUAGAUUUUUCACUUUACAGAACUCAGAACUGAAAAUAAGAUUUCAGGCCUUCACAUUCCAGGUGAAGGACACUUGCUGGAUUACAUUCCCCAAGCCUCGCCCAAGGCAGGAAGGCAUUCCUGACUACAGAUAAAGAUGCUGCCACCUAGGUGGGGCCAUAGCCGGAAAAAAGUAAAGAUAGUAAUCUGAAAUGGCAGGAUAGGACACAAUAGCAUGGUGAAAACCACAUUUUUGAGAAGAAUGAGUGUGCAGAGUGAUCUCACAUGACUCUAGAUCAUUUGGGCUAGAUUCUCUGAAAUGUUCCACAGUUCUUGGUUAACCCUCCCUUGGUCUUCCCAGUGCUAUGUUCAAAAUUUGUAAAAAAACCAAUCAUGUGUAAGCUUGGGAAAAUGUAACCAUUCAUGUGUAAGCGCUGAAGUAUGUUGUCUCUUUUGUUACCAUAUAAAGUUCAUAAAACUGUAACAGUUUUAUGUUAAAGAUGGUUUGGGGGCAGGCUCAAUUCUGUUCUUGGGUCAUGAUCACUCACUUUUUACUACAGAACAAACUAUUCCUUUCAAAGUAAAUUGUUUUUUUUCAUCCACACUUUCAGGGAGAAGGAGCAACAAUGAGCUUGUUACUUUUUACUAUUAACUAUUAAAAGAAAAAACUAAAAAAUAUUCCAUUUUCGUUAAAUUAAGAAACUUUAGCGAAUCCACUAGGACAUUUUUUCCAACAAGUGAAAUAGACUCCAACUCAGUAUACUCUAGCAGCGUCUCAGUCACAAAUGGCAACAUUAUUUCCUCAGUACUUUUCCCAUUACGUCCUUUAUACAGCAAUUAAGAAUGCAAAAAAAAUUCCUUUCUCCUUUAUGGAAUAUUACUACCUUAAAUAUUACUUCCAGACAUGAAUUCAAAGCCUGGCUAGCCAAAAAUUUCAGCAGAGCAUCCCAAACUGUCAAGAUAAACAGUUCCUUUUCUAGUCCUAGUAAUAUUAGAGCACUACACACUUUGUAAUUAAUUGCUCAGUUUCCUUUAAAAAAAAAUACCACGCAUAAAGAGAAACAUAAAUCACUUUUAACCCCAGGGAUUGGGGGAAAGCAGUCAGCAUGGUAGUUAAGAUGCGACCCUCCCAGCUAGCACUAUCUGUAAGGAGUGUGCCACGCUACAUUAAAGGCAGCGUGACUCUGCACAAUGACAGGCCUGGACAUUUUCCGGGGAAGGGCCGUUUGGAACGGAAAAGGCCAAAUCCGGAAAUAGAGGUAAACAAAGAAAGGCGAAAGGCCCGAUCCAGGAUAUUAAACUGAAAGCGGAGUCGCCACCGCCUGCUGAACUGGCCGAUACUAGGCACAAGCGACACACACGUUCCGGGCUCCUUCCCGCUAUGUCACCGUCGCGUCACCCGGCGGUCGGCGUCCCGCAGGGAAGGCGCUUGCCGCCUGACGCAUGCCCCUUAGGUAGCGACCGCCUCCAUUUUGUCCUGAGUCUCCUCCACGCGAGCAGCGUGCUAUUUUUAACCUUCUUAAUCUGGGGGCUGGAGGGGUGCGGCGUGGGCACGCCCGGCGCUUGGAGGCCGCCGCGAGGGACCGAGGCUGGUUGCGGGUGCGGGAGGUUGUCAAGGUCACCAAAACCAGGACAAAGGACGCGUAGGGGACGAGGCCCGCGGAAACAGCGCCAGGCGACUUCCGGCAGCGCGGCUGCCGUCAAGCCCGGACUCCCGCCCUCUCAGAGGACAAAGCAGCGCCGGACGCGCGGUCCCGGCUCCGCCCUCGGCGCGCACCCGGCACCCAGCACGGGAACGCGCACAACGGUUGGAAAUGGCGGUUAAGGAGAAGGAGGGGCCGAGGGAACCGAGUUUCUCGGUGCUCCUUGUCUCGGGGCGCCCCGCCUACGAGUCGGGAGCCGCUGGCGCUUCUCUAGGUUGCCACAUCUGGCGUUCCAUCAUGGUCGGUUGUGGGGUUGGAGAAACAGUGUGGCCGGUUCCACGGAACAAAGGAAGGAACCAGGGCGGGCUUCGGGACAGCCCCAGGAACGCUCCCUAAGAUGGCGGCCGCCGCGCGGGAGGGUGGGCGGAGCCCGAACUGCUUCCGUCGCGGGCCUGGGCGGGGCGAUGGAAACCACUGGUAGUCAUGGCUGCCGCCCGAGAGCCCCGAGAGACGGAGAAAAAGCCCUUCAAGCUCCUAGGCAUUUUAGAUGUUGAGAACACUCCAUGUGCUCGAGAAUCUAUACUCUAUGGCUCAUUAGGAUCUAUUGUGACUGGACUUGGGCAUUUCUUGGUGACCAGUAGAAUUAGAAGAUCAUGUGAUGUUGGAGUAGGAGGAUUUAUCCUGGUGACUUUAGGAUGCUGGUUCCACUGUAGGUAUAAUUUUGCUAAGCAGAGGAUCCAGGAAAGAAUUGCCAGAGAAGGAAUAAAAAAUAAGAUUUUAUAUGAAAGCACCCACCUUGAUCCUGAAAGACAAAUGACAAGCAAGAACAGCAGCUGAGCAACUUCAUUCAGCUGUAAAACCCAGACUGAACUGCUCCUUGUGACUCAACGUAAAUUAAACUCCCAAGUGUGGACUGUGUUUAUUGUGUUACUUACAUGAAACCCUUGUUCUUUACUGCCAGUACAGUAUGUUUGUUAGAACUAUCAUGCCAGAAAACAUGGAGUAUAAAGUAAAACGUUCCUAAGGUGUCAGCUUAAUUAUCUGUUCGCAGAAAAGCACCAUCAGACCAAAGGAGAAAUUACACCUGAGCAAGGAUAGAUAUCCAUUAUUGGCCCUAGGACUUUGUGUCAAGAGGAGCCAAAGGAAGAGACUAUUUUGUUCUUCGUUGCUUUCCUUUUGAUCACCCUGAAGGCCAGGGUGCAGAGACUUGUGUAACUAUCAAUCAAUUAUGGACACUGAAGUUUUUCAUCUAGUAGCAGCCCCAAUAUUAAGUCAUUGACAAAGUUGAGUUUGUAUUAGGUUGAUGGUUAAUUAAAUGGUCAAUCUAGUAUCCUAA